AUGACUUGGAAGAGCAGAGGAGAAUUGCCUUCUAGAACUGUUAUUUCGCAGAGAUGGGCACUGUUUUUGUGUUUGGGAAGCUUCUGUGCUGGAAUGCUCUUCACUACCAGGAUAUGGACUAUUCCUGAAAACAACAAAGGACUAGCCCGACCAACGGCUGCAGAAGCUGAUAAAUUGAACGUAGUUUCAGAAGGUUGCAAUUCCAGAAUUUUGCAAGAAUUGGAAAUGAAGCGGGAUAAAGACAUUUAUGGUGAAGUUUACAAGAGUCAUAAUUCCAUACAAACAUUGGACAAGACUAUUUCAAACUUAGAGAUGGAAUUGGCUGCUGCAAGGGCAACUCAGGAAUCUCUACGAAGUGGUGCUCCUGUUUCAGAUGAUAUAAGGAUGAGUGAAUCAUCUGGUAAGAGAAAGUACAUUAUGGUCGUUGGUAUUAAUACUGCAUUUAGCAGCAGGAAAAGAAGGGACUCGGUUCGUGCCACUUGGAUGCCACAAGGUGAGAAAAGAAAGAAGCUUGAGGAGAAGGGCAUUAUCAUCCGCUUUGUAAUUGGACACAGUGCUACAUCAGGGGGUAUUCUUGACAGAGCUAUUGAAGCAGAGGAUAGGAAGCAUGGAGAUUUCUUGAGGCUGAAUCAUGUGGAAGGAUAUCUUGAAUUGUCAGCAAAGACAAAAACCUACUUUGCCACUGCUGUGAACUUAUGGGAUGCUGAUUUCUAUGUCAAAGUUGAUGAUGAUGUUCACGUAAAUAUAGCAACACUGGGAGAAACUCUUGUAAGACACCGAUCAAAACCACGGGUAUACAUUGGAUGCAUGAAAUCUGGGCCAGUCCUAUCUCAGAAAGGGGUAAGAUACCAUGAACCUGAGUACUGGAAAUUUGGAGAGGCUGGAAACAAGUAUUUCCGACAUGCCACAGGGCAGUUGUAUGCCAUUUCAAACGAUUUGGCUACAUACAUAUCAAUUAAUCAGGAUGUUCUUCACAAGUAUGCCAACGAGGAUGUGUCUCUGGGAUCUUGGUUUAUUGGACUUGAUGUGGAGCAUAUAGAUGAUCGAAGACUUUGCUGUGGCACUCCUCCAGAUUGUGAGUGGAAGGCCCAAGCAGGCAACAUUUGUGUUGCAUCGUUUGAUUGGAGCUGCAGUGGAAUUUGCAGGUCUGCUGAGAGGAUUAAGGAGGUACAUAGGAGGUGUGGAGAGGGUGAGAAUGCUUUGUGGAGUGCCUCUUUCUAG